UAAUCUCAGCCUGAUCUUGUCAGUGUAAAGCAGAGAGCGCAGGCAAAGACAAGCGUGAGGCACACAACUCCGGCUGGGGCAGCUGUCCAGAGGUUUCAUAGAACGCGUGGUACCAGAAGCCAGUACAGGCCUGUACGUGUACAAAUGUGGACAAUUCUGCUAAAACUGAGAUAUUUGUGAGGUGACAGUUUGGAAGGAGCAUAUCCAGGAGCACUGGGCAUACCCACGAGUCACCCAUAGAAGAUAGUGUGGUGAGUCCUUGUGAUCUCGGAGUCUGAUGUCUCUCAUGGAAAAACACAAAGUAAAGCGACAGAGAUUAGACCGUAUAUUUGAAGCACCGUACCCGCUAUCCUGGAGGGGACAACAUGGUCUCGCUUCUUCAGCUGGUAGCAAUGCAACACCUUGGUCAAUGAUUGGAGGUGUAUCUGAGGCAGGCAUUCGACCUCCGAUAAUGAAUGGGCCCAUGCACCCGCGACCUCUGGUAGCCCUGCUGGAUGGAAGGGAUUGUACAGUAGAAAUGCCGAUCCUCAAGGAUGUUGCCACUGUGGCUUUCUGUGACGCCCAGUCCACACAAGAAAUUCACGAAAAGGUACUAAAUGAAGCUGUGGGUGCGCUGAUGUAUCAUACAAUCACUUUAACGCGAGAAGACUUGGAGAAAUUCAAAGCUCUUCGAAUAAUUGUCCGAAUCGGAAGUGGCUUCGAUAAUAUUGAUAUCAAGUCAGCUGGAGAUUUAGGUAUUGCUGUAUGUAAUGUGCCAGCCGCUUCCGUAGAAGAGACGGCGGAUUCUACAAUGUGCCACAUUUUGAACUUGUAUAGGAGAACCACGUGGCUGCACCAGGCAUUACGGGAAGGCACACGGGUGCAGAGCGUUGAGCAGAUCAGAGAGGUUGCUUCAGGAGCAGCACGAAUUCGAGGGGAGACAUUAGGCAUCAUAGGACUGGGACGUGUGGGACAAGCAGUCGCCCUACGUGCUAAGACUUUUGGUUUCAGUGUAAUUUUCUACGAUCCGUACCUACCGGAUGGGGUUGAACGUGCACUUGGUCUCCAGAGAGUCACUACUCUACAAGACCUGCUGUUUCAUAGUGACUGUGUAACCCUUCACUGCAGUUUAAACGAGCACAACCACCACCUCAUUAAUGACUUCACCAUAAAACAGAUGCGACAAGGGGCUUUCUUGGUGAACACGGCACGAGGUGGGUUGGUGGAUGAAAAAGCACUUGCUCAGGCCUUGAAGGAGGGGAGGAUACGAGGGUCCGCUUUAGAUGUACAUGAAUCUGAACCUUUCAGCUUUUCCCAAGGCCCAUUGAAGGAUGCCCCAAAUCUUAUAUGCACGCCACACACAGCUUGGUACAGUGAACAAGCUUCCAUAGAGAUGCGAGAAGAGGCCGCAAGGGAGAUCCGUAGAGCUAUCACAGGGCGUAUUCCCGACAGCUUGAAAAACUGUGUUAAUAAGGAGCAUUUAACUGCAGCAACACAUUGGGCCAACAUGGAUCCAGCUGUUGUUCAUCCAGAGCUUAAUGGUGCAGCCUACAGCAGGUACCCUCCAGGUGUUGUAAGUGUGGCAUCUGCGGGCAUUCCGGCAGCAGUAGAAGGAAUAGUACCAAAUGCCAUGCCCCUAUCACAUGGCCACCCUGCAGUAGCUCACCCACCGCACGCCCCUUCUCCUGGCCAAACAGUCAAACCAGAAGCUGACAGAGACCACCCAAGUGACCAGUUGUAGCCCUUAUAAAAGAGAAGCUCUUUCACUGCAUCUGCAAACUGAAUGCCAGAGAUUGUUUGAGAAAGAAGAAAGGAAAAAAAAAUGGAGAAAAAAAGCAUAAUCAGAAUUUUGAAGAGCGGCAAAAAAAUAAAAUAA